AUGGCUGACGUCAACAACACGUUUUUCCGUUUCGAGUCCGUCACGCCGAAUGCGGUGGUGGACUGGCGCCAGACGAUGUACAUUUCGCCCAUUCAACGGCAAUACCAGUGCGCUAGCUGCUGGGCGAUCGCAGCCGUUGAUUCUAUCUCCAUGAUGUGGGCGAUCAGCACCAACUCUCUCCCAGCCAUCCUUUCCCCGCAGCAAGUGUGCGACUGCGGGACAAAGCAGUGCUGCCAGGGGGGCUGGCCCGACUGGGCCUUUUCUUACAUACUCUUUAAUGGCGGCAUCACUUCCGUGGAUAACUACCCCUACAUGGCUAACGACAGUACAGUGUGCCAGGCUACCCUGCUCACGCCGACCACAGCCCAGAUCACGGGGUGGGAGCUGGUGCCGCCGUACAGCGCGCAGGCGCUGAUGAAGGCGGUCAGCAUGCAGCCCGUCGUCGCCUUCCUCAGCGGCUCCGCGCAGGACUUCCAGCACAUCCCCGCCAUGUAUCCGGUGUAUUACCCGAGCGGGCCGCAGCCCGUCAAGAUGAACAACGGUCCCAUUUCGCGCGCGGACGACGGCAACGACGGCCGCUGGUGGACGCGCGCGUACCCCGCGGCUCUGGACGCGUGCGCGGGGAUCAACCCGUGCGGCGCGGGGCGCUGCUACACGCGCGCGGGCAUGGCGCGGUGCGACUGCAGCGCGGUGGCGGGGAUGGUGGAGGUGACGGGCGUGCCCACCAGCAAGUGCGUUCCGCGCAACCCCUGCUCCAGCCGCGGCCAGUACAACCCGUGCGGCAGCGGCACAUGCGUUAACCCCGGCGACGGCACCUACUCGUGCCAAUGCCCUGCGGGCUACGCCAUAGGAGCAGCGUCAGACGGCACGCAGACGUGUGUGGGAGUGGCGGGCGGCCCAGCCUCGUUCCUCGCCUACCCCACCGUCCCCGGUGACUCCUGCUCCUCUGUUGCUGCCGCCUUCGGCCUCACCACCGCUGCGCUCACCGCUCUCAACCCCUUUCUAAACUGCUCCCUCGCCUUCCUCCCCCCCACGCUCAUCCUCACCGUCGCCAACGCCUCCUCCACCGCCGCAGCCCCCUCCACACCGCUCUGCACCGCGACGUACUCCGUGCAACCCAACGACACCUGCACAUCCCUCGCGAACACCUUCUUCGCGGGGAGCCUGUCGGCGCUGCGUGCUGCCAACCCGCUCACGUGCACCACGUCACGCUUCUUCCUCUACCCGGCUCAGGUCAUCUGCACGACCACCAGCUCGCUCUCCUCGCUGGCAGCAGUGCCCAUCCCCCAGUGCGGGCAGACAUACAUCACAGUGGUGGGCGACACGUGCCCGUCCGUGGCAUCCAAGUAUGCCAUCAGUCUGGGCGCCUUCAUGGGUCUCAACAGCGCGCUCUCGUGCACCACUGCCCUCCCCGUGGGGUCGUACGUCUGCGUCGCGCCCAAGAGCACCCAGACGACAGUGAACUGCACGGCAUGGUACGUGGUGCUGCAGGGAGACAACUGCCCCAACAUCUGGAACGCCGCCAACCUCACCGAGUCCACCUUCCUUGCUAUCAACCCCGGCAUCCGGUGCCAAGCCCCCUACCUCCAAGUGGGCCAGAAGGUCUGCAUCAACUCCCCGCUCCUCGCAUCCCUCCUCACCGCAUCCAGCACCUCCUUCUCGCUCUACACCGUUCUCCCCAACGACUCCCUCGCCCUCAUCUCCUCAAAAUUCAUCACGCGCUGCACCACCUCCUCCGUCUCCCCCGCCGCCAUCGCAGCAGCCAACAACAUCCUCGAAACCUCCCCCCUGGUAGCCAACACCCAGCUCAUCAUCCCGUGUGACGCGCGCGUGGGGAUCCUCGACUGCGGCUGUGCGCAGUCCCUCCCGGUCUGCGGCGCGGACUAUGUCACGUACCCGUCCUACUGCGACGCGCUCUGCAACUACGCGCUGCCGGUCAUUCAGGACGGCGUCUGCACCGGCUGCAACGCCGCCUGCACCGGCCGAACCGGCCUGGCUCCAGCCGCGGGUUAUAACUGCACCUGGAGCACUUGCCCCUACCCCAACUGGAAGCCGCUUGACAGCGACUGCACCGUCCUGCAGGGCGACUUGCCCGGGAAAUGCUGUGCGGUGGAGCAGACUGUGUGUGAGAAUGUGUGCCGCGCGACACGGGACACGCUGGGCGGCACGACGACGCAGAUGCAGUCGAACUACGACUCGUGCUACAGCCAGUGCAUGUGCUGCGCUAGAGUGCCGUGCAGCACGAGCACGUGCCUGGCGCCGUCCAGCUGCUGGAGCCAGAGCCCCCGCAAGUGCACGUACAGCUCGUACAAGUACUGGUGGAACUGCACCUGGUUCCCUCCCAGUAGCCCGCUUGCUUAG